AAAGUGUGGUUACCCAAAGUGGUGAUUCAAGACGGGGCCCGCGGACCAACUGACGUCAUCAUGAGAGCCGAGUUCCUAUUGGUGGAUCGCGAAGGACCGCCCCUUCCUGACGACGACACCAUGGCGGCCGAGGAUAAGCUGUACGACGGGACUUCUCACAGCAUGAAGAUGGUCCAGCAAUAUACCGUGGGCUUCAUGUGUCAGUUUCGGCUUCAGAUGUACCCGUUCGAUACCCAGCAGUGCAUUCUGACUUAUAACAUCUCCAAUAUGCGAGAUAAUUAUGAGUUUGUGAAGGGUGGUGUAGACUUCACGGGGGAAAGGAGACUGUUAGAGUACAUGUUGGUUAAAGAACAAAUGAUAAGCCAGGUGAAAAAAGGCCCUGGGGCUGUGCAGGUAUUUUUCAAGUUUAAGAACCAGUACGGUUACUACAUCGGUAAUGCUGUCGUUCCCAGUCUCUUUAUGGUUGUCAUCUGUUAUGUGACCCUGUUUUUCGACCUGCACGAUUUUCAGGACCGUAUCAUGGUAUCCCUGACGUCACUCCUGGUUUUGGCGGCCUUGUUCAGCCAAACGAGCCAAUCGAUACCCAAAACGGCCUACCUCAAGCACAUCGACGUGUGGUACAUCGUCCUCAUCACCAUCGACUUCCUGAUCAUCAUUAUCCUCGUCAUUAUUGAAAAUCUGCGCAUGAUGGAGUCGCCCUCGACGGGUUCCAGGACGUUCAUCCAGGUGGCGCCCGCGAUGGACUAUAAGGAACAGCAAGCGAAGAAGGAUUUCUCUCCCACGCCCUCGAGACAGGAUCGGAUUCGGUGCUUCUUCGUGUCGGCGAUGAAGGUGAAUCGGGGUUCGAUCUUCUUCUUGCCCAUCGCUACGAUUGUCUUCUGUCUCGUCUUCUUCGUCACCGGUUUCAUCACUUAUAACUCCAAGUGAAAUGGAGUCAAUAUAUACGCUCAAUUGUAGA